AUGGCGGACGCAGAGCAGGCCCCCGACAAGAUGGAGGACAACCCUGACAUCUUAGCCAGUCUGGACAGGAUAUUCGACAAUUUCUGGCGCAAGCUGGAGGGUAAGCAGCACCAACCUGUCUGGAGCCAGUCAAGUGACCACUCGCUGCACAAGCCGACCCUGGUCAUGUUGCAGAAGACCGCAGCGACGACACCCCAUCAAGCCCUAACAUGGCGGCGGGGUGGGAAACGUGGGUAG